AAAAAAAAUCUGAAUAGAAAUGUAGCUGAACCCAAUCAAACAAAGACCCAUAAUCGUCCUUAAUUAUGGCUUGAUUCUUGAGAGUUGUCUUGUAGCCGACUAACCUCCCGCCCUUUCAAAUUUCAAAACUGAUUUCGUCGGAUAAAUCAACUAACUUACUCUCUUCCAUAAGAUACUCUAUUUUUUUUCCAAAUUAGGGCUAACUUCAACGGUGUGAGAUACUCAAAUUUACCCCCAAAUUCAUUUCCAAUUUCUAUUCCUUCGCCAAUUUAGAGAUUAACGCUCUUAAAAAAGCUUACAUACAUUUGCAAAUUAUGGAAGCCAUCAGUAACGGCGACGUUUCUGAUCUAGUCGACCCACUCGCCGACUACCCCUCAUUGUAUCUCUUUCCUCGCACAUUUCAAUCUUAUUCUUCUUCUACUUCUGUCCAAGAUUAUUUUAAAGAAAGAUUGUUGAGUAAUCCCGAGAAAUGGUUGGAGCAAGGAAAGGCCAUCCUAAAAGACAAUUCAGAUCAAUCAAAAAAUGAUAAUUUAGCAGCGGUUUUUGCUGGAAAUGAAAGAGUUCCCCCAAAGAGGAGACCCGCAUUAGGACUUAAGCACUCUAAGUUUUCUGUAAAGCCCAUGAAUAGUCUUCCUGCUGCGACUAUGGACUUUGAUAUAGAUGUUGCUAAGCUAAGUGAUCCAGUUGAAUGUUUUGCCGCCUUUGAAAGGAUGGAAAAUGCCAGAAAGGAAGUACAGAAACUACAAGGUGAGCCACUCUUGGACUUGGAUCAAAAUGGUCCAUUGUUGGCUUCUAGAAAGCGACGACCUGGUAUUCGGGGGUUAGAGCGGCGGCCAUCCACCUACGUGCAUCAUCCUAGCCCUUUUAAUAUCUUGGCAGAUGUUCAUAGGACCUCUUUGCCUUCGCAAGAGUCAUUUGAUAAUGCCAUACGAAGCCCGAGUCAUAAUGAUCUCCUAAAAGAUGCUAAUGUUAUGGAUGAUUCACAAACUGUGAGAGCCACCGGCUCCAAAUUGACGACAACUAGCAACCACAGUGAGCUUGAUGAGCUACUAUCUUGUGAUUAUGAAGGAUUAGAUGAGGACGGUGUACAAAAUCUCCUUUUAGAAAAACUACAGAUUAAACCUGUGGACAUUGGUAAAUCAUUCCUUCCUAACUGGCGUGCUCAGCGACCUGAAUCUUUGGCUUCAACCUCAGUUUUUUCAAAGAGGAAUGAUACUAUAUAUCAUCUCAGUGCUGGGAGUAAAAAUGUUAGGAGCAGAGACCAAUUAUCUCCUGCAAAAUCAAAAAGUCCGUUUGCUUCCAUAUCAUUACUGAAUAGACACAUUGCAGAGCGUACCCUAUCGAAGGACCCCUACUUAAUUAGCCACUUUGAUGCAUCACCAUCAGAGGCUACUGAUCCUUCAAGAGAGCCUGAAAAAAGAUUGGGUCUGGGCUGGCAAUCUGCUGAGCUUGAUGCAGGGAAGAUUUUGUGUGAACUUAGGAGAUCUUCUGCACUUGGAGCAAAAAAAAUAGCAGUUACCGGUGAGAAUUCUUAUGUCUCUACCUUGAACGAUGUUGAUGCCAGUACUGAGCAUAACGAAAUGAAGAAUGCGGUUGGACAAUCUGAUCAACAUGGUAAUAGGAUGGAUCCACCUGAAUUAGAGCGACCUCCAGAAAAUAAAGAAGAUACUAUUACUGUUUCUGGUAAGGAUCCACCUGUCCAGGUACCAAAGGAUGUCGAUCAAAAUUCACCUGCCUUGCUGUUGAAGGAUGUUGGUCAAACUAUUGAACCUGAAAUGCAGGAGGAUGAGGUAGCUGCAGAACAGUUCUCUGCACGACAACGGCUCAUGUUCGAGGAUGGUAUGACCACAAGUUCUACUAGAGUUGGAAAAGCUGGAAUGAAUGAACCAUCAGAUACAGAAAACAUUCCUGUUGAAGGGCCUUCAAAGGGAACUAUAGGAUCUUUCAAGAAGAGAAAUGCGAAGGGGAUAUUAAAGGCACCAUUUGAAACAGCUGACUCUGAGGAAGCAGUGAUGAAAGACAACCAAGUCGUAACGUCUGAACAAGAUGCCCCUGUUGCUAGAGAAACUCGGAGUAAAAAGAGUAAAAUAGAAGGUGCUCAGCCUGGACGGAGUAAAUUGGAGACUCGUCGAUUCAGCUUAUACGAUGCCGGUACGAAAUGGGAUGGUGGGGUCAGGCGAAGUACUAGGAUAAGGAUGAGGCCAUUGCAGUUCUGGAAAGGUGAACGUUUUUUGUAUGGGCGUGUUAAUGAAAGUCUAGUGACCGUAAUUGGGGUGAAGUAUGCCUCUCCAUCAGCUGAUUCUAAAGACCCUGGUAUCAAGGUGAAAUCCUUUGUAUCUGAUAAAUACAAAGAUCAGCUUAGUUUUGCUGCCUUAUGCUGAUGUAAACAAAAUAAGUUUAGGACUUCUAUUGUCUGUAAUACAAAAUUAUGAAUUUUUCCAUUUGAAUUUUCCUAUCAUAGGUUUAAAAAAAAGAACCAGUAUUAACUUUAAUUCCUUUCUGGUGAAUGCAAAACUCUGGCCGAGUUUGCCUC